GACGGGCUCUUGUGUUUGAAUAAAAACCAAGAUAUCACACAGCAUUGCUUUGACUAUGAUAUCAGAGUAUUAUGCUGUAAUGGAAAAUGUGACAACUCCACAGAGGCACCAACAACUAUUCCUAAGUUGUCAGCUUCAACAACAACAACGACAUCAAGUACACCUUCAGAAACUUCUACACCUUCAAAUACAUCAAAACCAACCCAACUUACUCCUACCUCUCCAUGCAUUUGUCAUUGGUCAAAAUGGCUGGAUUUUGGUGGCCCAACAACAGGUCAGGAAGGCGGUAAACUAAUACCAGUCAAAAUCAUCACUAACACCUAUCCAACCACUUGCUCAAUACCACAGGGAAUUGAAUGCCGUGCAAAACAUUAUCCUGGACUUCCUGUUUCAAACCUUGGCCAGGAAGUAAAGUGUAAUCUUAAAGAUGGACUUGUUUGCCUAAAUAAAAACCAAAAUAUUACCCAGCAGUGCUUUGACUACGAGAUGAGAUUGUUGUGUUGUCAUCGAGACUGUGUUAGCGCAUCUCUACCAGCAGCAUUGACUCUAGCUUUACACAAUUCCUCCACAAGACUAAGCACAACCACUGUACCCACAACAAGAGCUAUGACUACAACCAUUUCAAAAACAUUUCCUUCUAAAUGUAUUUGUCAUUGGUCAAAAUGGGUGGACUUUGGCAGCCCAACAAAAGGACCUGAAGGCGGUAAACUAAUACCAGUCAAACUCAUCACUGACACCUAUCCAACCACCUGCUCAAUACCACAGGGAAUUGAAUGCCGUGCAAAACAUUAUCCUGGACUUCCUGUUUCAAAGCUUGGGCAGGCAGUAAAGUGUAAUCUUAAAGAUGGACUUGUUUGCCUAAAUAAAAACCAAAAUUUUACCCAACAGUGCUUUGACUACGAGAUAAGAUUGUUGUGCUGUCAUCAAGACUGUGUUAGUGCAUCUCUACCAGCAGCAUUGACUCUAGCUUUACACAAUUCCUCCACAAGUGUAAGCACAACCACUGUACCCACAACAAGAGCUAUGACUACAACCAUUUCAAAAAAAAUUCCUUCUAAAUGUAUUUGCCAGUGGUCAAAAUGGGUGGACUUUGGCAGCCCAACAGAAGGGCCUGAAGGAGGUAAACUAAUACCAGUCAAAAUCAUCACUGACACCUUUCCAACCACCUGCUCAAUACCACAGGGAAUUGAAUGCCGUGCAAAACAUUAUCCUGGAGUUCCUGUUUCAAAGCUUGGCCAGGCAGUAAAGUGUAAUCUUAAAGAUGGACUUGUUUGCCUAAAUAAAAACCAAAAUAUUACCCAGCAGUGCUUUGACUACGAGAUGAGAUUGUUGGGCUGUCAUCGAGAUUGUGUUGGCGCAUCUCUACCAGCAGCAUUGACUCUAGCUUUACACAAUUCCUCCACAAGAGUAGGCACAACCACUGUACCCACAACAAGAGAUAUGACUACAACCAUUUCAAAAAAUAUUCCUUCUAAAUGUAUUUGCCAGUGGUCCGACUGGAUGGACUUUGGCAGCCCAACAACAGGGCCCGAAGGUGGUGAAAUUGUACCUAUAAAAACAAUAACGAACACAUAUCUUAACACCUGCUCUGCUCCAACUGAGGUUGAAUGCCAUGCAAAACUUUUCCCUGGACUACUACUUUCACAACUGGGCCAGGUAGUAACAUGCAAUAUUAAAGAUGGACUAGUUUGUUUAAACAAGAACCAAGGUGUUACUCAGCAAUGUUUUGAUUACGAGAUUAAAGUAUUAUGUUGUCAUGGAUUGUGUGGAAUAUCAUCAACAAUUUCACAAAAAGAUCAGUAUUUUUCCCACAGCACAAUUAUUACCACACCAAGUUUGCCAAUUAUCACAGGUUCAUUAGGAGGUCACAAAACUGCACAUCAAGAUUGUGUCUGUGAAAUUUAUGGCAAUACGUUUAAGCCAGAAUCAGAAAUUUACAAUAAAACUGAUGGUGAUGGAUGGUGUUACAUUGCAAAAUGUGUAAAAACAGAAGACAAGAAGUGUGAUGUGAUAAAAUUAUCACAACCCUGUUUAACAACAGUAUUGCCUUCAGGUCACAACUGUGAUAAAUAUAUGCCUCCCCUUACAAAUGGUGUAUCUAUUCAUGUGGGAAAUUGCUAUAUAGACACAUGCAUAAAUGGUACAAUAGAGCAUAAACCAGUACACUGUGAUCCUGUAGAGUAUCCUGUGUGUGAUAACAAAUUUCCCCCCAUAAAAGUUGCUGACGAGUCUGGAUGCUGUUUUAAAUAUGAGUGCCAAUGUGUCUGCAGUGGCUUUCUCAACCUACAUUAUGUCACAUUUGAUGGAAAAUAUUACCCUUUUCAAGGAAACUCCACUUAUGUGCUUGUGCAAGAAAUUUAUACAACGUAUAAUUUUAGUGUUGUAGUUGUUAAUAUCUCUGAUUUUGAAGAAGGUAUUUCCUGUCCCAAGGCUCUGAAGGUUCAAUACAAAUCUUCUGAGAUCAUCAUGACUCAGAGGUUUUCUGGUGGAAGUGUAAUGAAUUUGAUUUAUGUUAACCACAAGGAAGUAAAGUUGCCAUUUCAAAUUAAAGAUGUCCGUGCCACAGAGAACGGCAAAGAGUCUCUUGUGGUCAUAUCUGAGAUUGGUGCACAGAUCUCUUUUAAUGGCACAAUGUUUUCCAUCAACCUCCCAUGGCAAAAGUUCCAUGGUAACACAGAAGGCCAUUGUGGUGUUUGUGAUAAUAACCACACAAAUGAUUGUCGCUUGCCAAAUGGCACCAUAAUAUCAUCUUGCCAAGAAAUGGCUCCAUAUUGGUAUGUUCAUAACAACAACAACAACAAAACCCUUCUGUCACCAAGACAUCGGUCCACAUCAGUGCCAUGCCCUUCUUCUGCAAUAUGCAAAAUCAUUGAACGCAAGCUUUUUGAGAAAUGCCAUAAGUUCGUCCCUCCUGAGCCCUAUGUGUCAGCUUGUAACAUUGAUGUGUGUAACAUGAACAACGGAACAGUUGGCUGUGCCAGACUGCAGGCCUAUGCUAAGAAAUGUGCUAUGGCAGGAGUAUGUGUUGACUGGAGAGAUGCUACCAGUGGAAUGUGUGAUUUUAGGUGUAAAAUGCCACAGAAAUAUCUAGCAUGUGGUCCUCAAGUGGAACCAACCUGUGAUGGAAGGUAUUUGAAAUUUUGA